GUGACAGCCGUUCGAAUCGUUUGUUUUGUAUUUGUAUGCUAGGGGGCGACACAGUUUGCGUAAAAUGUCUGGUUUUUUUCUGAAUCCACCAAACUAGAAACGAUCAUUAGGAUCUAGAAUCUUGCAAAAAUUGGCAACAGGAGGAAAUAAGGAAUGGAUGAAUAAUUUUUUUUUCGUUUGUAUUUCGCGAAUCGCGGGCGCGUUCUUGCGGCGUUAAUCUCGGUGGCGUAUCUGAUACGUACGUGAAAAUAGUACACCUUUAAAAGGUCAUACUAGAAGUGGUUUUUGUGCGUUUAGUGUAUCGUUGUCGCCGAUCGGGUGACUGAUUAAGAAUCGUAGUGCUAACUUGCAGAUCACUUUCAAGAAUCGUUCACACAUCUACCUGGAAGUUGAAGCUGCUAGAAUCUUGUGAAAGCCGCAAUUGAACGUCAAGGACGCACUAAACGUGAAGUGACUUUUAUUUUCGAAAGACCUAGUGAAAACAAAAUGAACAAAAUUGUGAUAAUAAGUGUAAUGCAUUGAAGAACUCCGUGAAAAUCGAACGUCAAGUGUAACAGAAAAAAAUAUAUCUCAUCCAUGAUUCCCUGAAAUUCCGACGAUUGCAGAAAAAAUGAACUUGCGAUACUAUAAAAUGCAUCAACCGCCGGGUAGCGAAAGCCUGGUGACCCACUAAAAUAAAUCAACCCUCGUCGUAACCUCGUCGUUGAUUAGUGGUUCCCAGAAGAAGAAGAAGAAGAAGAAGAAGAAGAAGUGAAAAAGCAAAACGGACCAACAAGCAGUCCCAGUAAAACCAAACAUAACACAAGUGCGUGCUUUCGGCACCGCCUCCCAUAAUACUUCCACACUGGCCCACCAAAGUCUUCCCGCACCGUAAGAUGCCUUGGGGCUGUCUCUGUUCCAAGGAAAAGAAACGCCCGCAAAUUAGCAGCCCCAUACUCAAGCCCGACGAAUCCACGAAGCACCAGCUCCUGCCAGCCAGCAAGCGUCCCCUACUAUCCGCCAGCGAAAAGAAGCUCCAAAAGCGUCUACUCGAUCCCAACCUAAACGAGGUAGACCGAACCGCAGCCGAGACCGACGGCGACGACGUCGCCGCUGAUGAGAGCAGCGGGGAGUUUCCCGGUGGCUGUGACCACAAGCGUGAUGAUCGGCUGCAGCAGCAGCUGAUCCUGAAAUCAAAACUCAAGUCCUCCAAUCUCAAAAGCACCACCUACACCCGGAACACGGAGAACGAUAAGUUAACGAGACACCUGAACAAUGUCAAAUUCGCAUUCGAUGAACCGACGCCGUCACCACGUAGUCACCAGCAACCUGCAGCGCCGAAACCGACCCAAUUGAUUACACCGAACGAUGCACCGGAAGUUGCAGUACAGCGAGCCUUCGACCAGGAUGAGGUAGACUGCAAUGGGAACGGCAAUUACGAUGUCCUGCCACCGAAGUUGGACAGCGACGGGGUCCAAGAUGUUGUGCUUCAGAUUGUGGAAACAAAAGAUGAAAACAGAAACGUCUGUCAUCCUGCCGUCGACAGUAAGAAGAACGAUGUCGCCGGCAUACCCUUCAUAGAUGACGUACCUUCCCAAGUUUUGAAAAACCUUAACAGUGAUCCGAACAAGGUUCGGAACUUUCACGACGCUAGAAUUAUUACCCUUACACCAAAGAACGUUGGUUCCCAGGCGGAUAAACCAAGGGAACCAUCGAGCCCCGAGCUGAAACAACUGGUGCUCGUGAAGAAACGCGAGUCGACGGCGGAAUCAAAACCAGUGGUGGAAAAAUUGAAAUUCACGCACAGUUUUAAUAUUUUGUCCAUCGGUUGUGACCGGGUUUGUCAGCACUGUCAUCUGGUGCUGAGUCUGGAUGUGGCCCUGCGAUGCGCGAUCUGUGAAUUCACGUGCCAUCAGCGAUGUGUGCAGCUGGAACAGAAAAAUAGCCAUGAAGAAGAGCAGCAGCAACAGCAGCAACAGAUUGUCAAUAAAUACAACUCGCUCCCGAUCCACAGCAACCAUAACCAGCAGCCACCAUCCCGGCCGGGGUCCAAUUUGAACCAUGUAAACAACAACAAUAACUACAGCAGCAAUGGCAGUCAAUACCAUGACUACUCCUCGGUACACCAUCAUCAUCAGCAGCAGCAGCAACAGCAAACGCAGAAUCAAAAUUUACAUCCACAGACGCCGGUUUCCAGUUAUCACAGCCCCGGAUCAAACGAUUCCGCUCUGCGGUUAAGCUAUGUAACCGAGCGGAUACUGGCGUCGAUUCUGCCUGCCCGGAGAAGCCGCAACGGUGCCACCUCGCCAGUCUUUGCGGACGAGCACGAGCGGGAGCUGAUCGAUAUGUUGGAGCAGAAGCAUGAAAAGAACUACCGGAUAUUCGACCUGGAGUCAUGCAUCGCCAGCAUCAGCCUGGAGAAGCUGUGCGAACUCUGCAAACACAUCGACUCGUGGCUCGGAAGCGGGAAGGAGAAGAUCGUGGUGCUGCAAGACAGAGAGGACAAACAGCGGCUGGGCGCUGCAAUUGCCGCCUACCUGGAGUACCAGAAAAUAUGCGGCUCAAACUUUCCCCAGUCGAAUCGCUCCAAGGCACUCCAAUCGCCCGACCCGGACACUCCCGGCAGCGGCGGACGCAAAACGCCAACCUGGCUUGAUUUGGACAUCUACUCGACGCAGCGUUUUCUAGAGUCCGUGGCCGGUCCGCUGCGGGUCCCUUCGCACCGGCGCUACAUCAAGUACUUCUCCGGGCUGCUGUCGGGUACGAUUAAGAUGAACGCAUCUUCGCUGUUCCUGCGGUCGAUCGUGGUCGAGUCGCCGCCCUGUCUACACUACCGGGCCGUCACGGUGAACAGCGAGUGGCGCAGCUUCAUCAAGAUCUACGAGGGCGUCCGGUGUCUGUUCACGUCGGACAUCUACGUGAUACCGAUCACCACCCGGCAGUUCAUCUACGAGAUCAAGCAUCCGCUCCGGUUGCGGGGAGAUGUGCUGAUCCGCUGCUAUCAGAUCAUACCAAAUAACAACAAGCUGCACGACGAGAAGGAGCUGAUGUCGUGCGUGCAGUUUCACACCUGUGCCAUAACCGAGAAGGAAGUACAAUUCGCGAAGGAUGAGCUGGAUCUAGCGUGCGAUGAUGAUCGAUUUCCGGCGGAUCACAAAAUGACGCUCUGUUUCGAGACGAUGCCGAACGAGAAGAGUGCAAUCUUAGUCUUCCAGAAUCCGCUCGUCCGGAUAGAACCGAUCAUCGAGAACGGUGACCACCUGGAGACGAUUAAUGAAGACGAAUCGAGCCACACGCAGGGUCCACUGGAUGGUUCCCUGUACGCAACGAUCCUUAAGAGUCCCAGAUCGCCAACCGGAAGCAGUGGUAGUGGUGUCAUUCAGCAGACGCUAAUCUCACCACCGGCCGAAUUCAGCAACACCAAAUCGAUCCUCAACGGAAACACUGCAGGCGGAAGUGGUCCUUCGCCAGUAGCACCGCCACUGCGGAGCAGCGCAUCGAGCUACAGCUACGAAAGUGUCAAACGCUACCAAAGCACGGCUACCAAUGGUAGCAACCGUGUGGGGGCCAUUGUGAACGGUGGUCGAGCUGCUGCGGGUAGCGGUGAGAGUGCAAGUGCUAAUCAUAGUGUCAAUCAUAACGAUAGUGGUGGCGGGAACUACCGCGAUGUGAUAGUGAAUGGUAACGCGUACGAUCUGAACCACAAUCAAAAUCUAUCUCAAAGUCAGCAGCAGCAGCAACAGCAGACGCAGCUUAGGUGCAGCCAAGCUGACGCUCGUGAUUCGGUGAGAAGUCCGCUGACGCUGUCUAUGGACUCGGGGAUCUCCAGCAGUGGACCCGCUAAUCGUCGCCUACAGGGCUCCAGUGUAUCGCCAUCCAGUUUCCCCAGCCAAGCUAGUCCACAAGAUGAUCGCCACCGAGAGCUGGACGACCUGCUGUCCGAUAUGCUGAUGACGGUUCAAGGUAUUCCGGACGUCAGCCGCAAGAGCGCCGAUCAUAAUCAACGCACAACAACAACAACCACCACCACCCACAAUCACCACCAUCAUCAGCAGCAGCAGCAGCAGAAUCUGAGUGAUCACUUCGUAAACACGAACAUCGACACGAUCAAGCGUUCGCACUCGGCCCAGCUGCAGCCACUCAGAGAGGAACAACGCAAAGAUCCCGAGUUACUGCUGUACGAGACGAGCAGCACGACGACCACCCUAACGCCACCACCGAGCGAGAGUGGCCGCGAGACGCCACUGCUGAGCAGCAACUACUCGACGAUUCGCGAUAAGAGAGAGCUCGGUUGUCUGACGCCGACCGAACGGGAGCUCAUCAUGAAUCUGCAGCACCACCAGCAUCACCAGGUUCAGUCUUUCGGAUAUCACCGUCAGGCGCGGUCCACUACGGGUGCUUCGGAACGGUUCACAUCGGACGACGACGACGACGCUUAUCGGCAGCAGCAACAGAUACCAUAUCACGCUCGCGAGGACUCACGACCCUUCACCUACGGCAGCAUACCGCUCACGGGUACGCCCCAAAAUCCGCCCGCCUCCACCAUGAUCAGGAUGCAGUCGGGGCUCUCGAGCCCGUCAAUGGUGCGCAAGGCGCUCGGCACGCCAACCUCCGGUCGAAAAUCGGCUGGCGGUGGGGGCGGGUCCGUUGGUCCCGCCGUCGGUUGGAACUCGGAAUUCGAGGAAAUGCUUCGUGAACGGCGCGAGAAAGUGCUCAGUGAAAAGUAUACGAUCGGUGACCAACAGUCGUCAGCCGGGGGUGGUCUAAGUGAUAACAACAACAACAGCCGCGGACUCGGUUACGAUACGGUUGAUAAUAGGAGGGCCUAUCAGGGCCAAGGCGGUGGCGCAAUCAGAACUAUUACGACGACUACGACCACGACCACGGACCAGAGCAACGGUUAUCAUCCGCACGAACCUCUCAAGCGGUCCAACACGAUGGAUGGCAGCUUUGGUCGGCAGCAGUUUACCGCCGAUGGAAUCUCCGGCCAGACAUGGCUUCAGCUGCAGCAGCAGAAACUACGCGUCCGAAAGGAGCAGCAGAGACGCGAACAUUCAAACAGCUUCAGCUAUGGCAGUCCUGCAUUCCCCACCGCCGAGGCGCUGUACAACAGCAACACCACCCACAGACGCAGCCAGACGCUGUCGCCGGUGCGCAACGAACGCAACUAUCACACGAUGACCACGACGCGGACCCACUCUACCGAGCGGCCAUUUGUGGCCGUCAAGCGGGCACACGAGAACGCCAAGAUGCAAACUAUUGGUUCUGCACCGUUGUCCAUUUUGAGUGCUUCACCACACGGUCAUGUAGCACAAACCCAUCAGCAACAGCAGCAGCCUUCUGGUUCACCACCAUCUCCAUCGGUACCCUCGGCAUCACCCAACAUUUCCACAGAUCAGCAACAGCCUCAUCAACAUCAUCAUGAUCAGUACACCUCCGUAACCAGCAGUAGAACUAGUGUCACUAAUGGUAACGGCAUGGAUCAACAGCAACAGCAGCAGCAGCAGCAGCAGCAGCUCAAUACAUCUCUGAAUAGCAGCAUCACUAGCCAAAAUCAGGUCCAAAAUGGGCUACUCUCGUUGGCUGAUCACGAACACUCCACGCCGAAACACGGACAAGUGAGAUUGGAGUCCGAACAGAUAAUCUUCAGUAACAUAAACAGUCUAAGUAAUCUCGAUACUUGCGAAAAACUAAACAACCUGCUAAAAGACAUAACAAACAGUGCGGCCGCGGUACAGCGCGCCGCUUCGACCACUUCCGCCGACACUGCCGGUGUCGGUGCUGCUACUGUUGCUAGCAAUAAUCCAGCCGCUAUUACUACUGCUACUACUUCCGCCACCUCUAGCCUACUCACCACCAACACUACCCAGUACCUCCACCAUAAUCAUCAUCGCCAUCAAGAGCAGCAAAUUCAUAGGCCCAUCAUUCAUAAUACCCAUCAUUCAAUCAACCACCGAAACGGCCAUCGAAGCUACCGACUGCCGGAACCAAUGGAUCUCUCUCCGGAAGGGAGUGCACCCAUCCGGAGCGGGGAUACAAAUGGGCAGCAAACGCUCGACAAGUUGUUGGCCUCGCUCGCGCUGGAGAGCGACGUUACCGACCAACAUCUAGCCAAGAUCGAUCAGCAAGUAGGCGAAGAAAGCCACGUGACGGAGCUGUCCGCCGUGAUUGCUGACCUCGCCGAGUACGAUCUGAGCGAAGCCCAGCGUCUGAAUCUCUACAAUGGGAACGAUGUGAUGGGGUCGUAUCACAGCGCGGACGCCUUUCGAACGCACGCCGAUAUAAACGGAAACGGUUAUCUCGGGCCGUUCAUGAACGGUAGGAACGGUGGAGGCAACGAACCCAAUGCCAGCAGCAGUCUAUUAAUCAAUAACCAUCACGUGCGCCGAAUAGCCUCGGAGAGCGACAGCACCAUUUCAUCGAUCUCGCCAAGCCUGUCGGAGCGAAGUAACGCCAUUUCAUGGUGCGAUCAGGCCAGGGAAGAGUCGUUCUCAUCCUAUCGUUCAGAGACGGAACCGGACAACUCCCCGACGGGUGGAUCGCCACGUCCGGAGACGCCAGCCUUCCCGGUCACGCCACGCACCCCGUACGGUCUGUCCAACGGAACCUCUAGUCCAGCUCUGCCGCCCAAAAGUCCGACAUCACAACGAAAGUAUAACUCGACUUGGUCGUUGCGCAGUCAAAAAUCGACCGUCUCAACGUACGACGUGAGCAAGGACUUAUUCGCGGGCAACCAGCGCACAACCCAGGAGAUCGUCAACCAGAAUGAAACGGUGUCAUGCUACACAUCACGGCGCAACUCGACCACAUCGAACGCAAACAGCGAACCCCAGGAGGUUGCCCCCCAGUUCGUCAAGUUCGCCCGCGAUUCGUCCAAGUACUGGUACAAGCCUGGCAUCAGCCGGGAGGAAGCGAUCGCACUGCUCCGCAAUGCCCCGCCCGGAACCUUUGUGGUACGCGAUUCGACCACAUUUGCCAACGCGUACGGACUGGUGGUCAAGGUGGCCCAUCCUCCACCCGGAGUCCAAUCGAAGGGACCGAACAGUGACGAGCUGGUGCGCCACUUUCUGGUGGAGCCCACAAUUCGGGGCGUUCGGUUGAAGGGCUGCGCAAACGAGCCCGUUUUCACAUCCCUCUCGGCGCUGGUGUACCAGCACUCAAUCACACCGCUCGCGCUGCCCUGCCGUCUGAUCAUACCGGAUAUGGACAUUCAGCAAACGGACUAUCAGUCACCCGCUCAGCAACAGUUACUCUCCCAGGGGGCAGCUUGUAACGUCCUGUACUUGUUCACCUGUGAUACGGAGUCACUGACAGGACCCCAAGCCAUCAGGAAAGCGGUGGGAUUACUAUUAUCGCUGCGACCACUGCCGAAACCCACGCAAGUGCACUUCAAAGUUUCGAUCCAGGGAAUCACGCUCACGGACAACACCCGGCAGCUGUUCUUCAGGCGACAUUACCCAUCCAACAACGUAUCAUACUGUGGUUUGGACCCGGACGAACACCGAUGGAGUAUUCCAUCCACCACGGGUAACAUCCCAGCGUCCAAACGCAUCUUUGCCUUCGUGGCGAAACGCUCGCCAACGUCAGCGGAUAACCAGUGUCACGUUUUCUGUGAGCUAGAGGCCACCCAACCGGCCACCGCCAUCGUAUCGUUUGCCAACAAGGUCGUACUCGGGGGAGCAACCCCACAUACGGCCGCCCCACGGGCAAUCUAAACGGAAAUAAUACAGCAAAACAAAUAAACAAAUUAGAGGAAAUCGAGUCAUUUUCUAAUAUUAUUUAACAGAGAAAAUCCGGAGAUGCUAGGAAAUGUGAAAAUCCGGAUUAAAAAAUUAUAUAUACUUUUAGUAACUGAUGCAGCCAAUAGCAGAAGAUAACUGCAUGAAAAACAAAACACAUUACGAGAGAUUGAACACCAUGUGUAGCUUUAGAUUAGUAGAGUUGGAUAUUUUAACAGAAAAACACACACACGAACCACAUUACACUAAUUAAUUGGAAGGCAACUGUAUUAAUUAUAAUUUUAAAACCACUACCAUACUGUGUAACAAUAAUAAUAUCCACGAAUGUCAGUGUAAUUAUUUAGCGAAACGCAUGUAUAAAUGUACUUCUCUGCGCAAGAAAAUAUUAUUUAACAUUUAUAAACUAUUUAUAAAAACAAAAAAAAAACAAUAAAUUAAU